AUGAAGCUCCUUGCCUUUCUCGCCACUGCUAGUCUGGCCGCAGCAGCAGAACUUACUCGUUGCGGCACAGUUGAUCCAGACGACAACGUGAAGAUGCAGCUCAAUGAAGCAUACUUCAGCCGCCCGUCGACCAUUGGCAAUAGCAAGUUCGCCAUCAAAAACGUCUCCAGAGAAAUCGACACUUACGUUCACGUUGUGACUUCCAAGGCCAAACGCAACAAGUACACCAAGGACAUGGUCCAGGAGCAGAUGGAGGUCAUGAGCUCCGCCUACAAACCCUUCGGCGUCACUUUCAACACAGUCUCCAUCAACUUCACCGUCAAUGAGGACUGGGCCGCCGCCGACAUGAACAGCACAGACGAAUACAAAAUGAAAUCCACCCUCCGCCAAGGUUCCUACUCCGACCUGAAUCUGUACUUCACCUCCGGUCUUCCUGGAGGUCUCUUGGGAUUCUGCUACUUCCCUCUUACUGAACCAACCACCGAGGACCUCAUCCUCGACGGCUGCAUCUGCCUCGCCGACAGCCUUCCAAACGGCACCGCCACUCACUACGAUCUUGGCUACACCGCCGUCCACGAGGUAGGCCACUGGUUCGGUCUUUUCCACGUCUUCCAAGGGUCGUCGUGCUCAGGCAGCGGCGAUUACGUGCAUGACACGCCACUGCAGCUGAUCCCUACCAACGGAUGCCCGAAGGCACAGGAUACUUGUCCCGGCAAGGCGGGAAAUGACUCGAUCCAUAAUUACAUGGACUACAGCUACGACAAGUGUAUGACAGAGUUCUCGGCGGGACAGGUUGAGAGGGCUACUGCUAUUUAUGAUCAGCAGAGGGCUGGUAAAUAG